AUGAUGGCUUGUUUCCCAUCCUUACUUGUAGAUGAUGUUGCAAAUCAGGGAAGAUUGUGGUUGAACAUCCAGCAUGAUGCAUUUUUCAGGCAACACAAUUUGAGUAUGAGAAACUUUGUGAUUGAUGCUUCUAAAAGAAAUCCUGUUAAAUACAUAUCAUCACCAGAGGUGGAAUUUCUGAAAAGUAUCAUGACAACAUUCAAAUCAACCACCACAAAACUAAUUUUCAGAUUUCUAGAAGUGAACAAGACUGAGCCCUCAACCAAUCAAACAUAUGGUUCACUUUUAAAAAAUCUGACAUUUAUCAAGACAUUUGCUUCUGGUGUUUUAGUUCCUAAAUCAUACAUAUGGCCUAUGGAUAAUGACUUCUAUUUACAACCAUCUACCUCAUUGGUCUUGGAUGCCCAUAAAGAGGGUUUACAAGUAUUUGGUUCAGAUUUCAUGAAUGAUGUGCAACUUGCGUAUAAUUACAGUUAUGACCCUGUAGAAGAGUAUCUGUAUUUUGUCGAUAAUGGCAGAUUCUCUGUGGAUGGUGUUCUUUCCGACAACCCAGUGACUCCAUCAGCAGCUUUUACCCUCUCACGACCAAAGACAGAAUUACAAGAAACAUUGGUGGUGGUGUGCAUAAUAAAAGGCCAUAUGGUGUUGUGCUUUCCCUCAACGCCUAAUAAGCUGUGGAUGACUGUGGGUUUGUUUAUUGGUGGUUCAUCUCUUUUUGGCAUUGGUUUGUAUCUUUCUUAUGUCCAUAUUGCCCCUCAACAAGCUCGAAUAAAAGCCCGAAAUGAUUAUGUAAGAGAUAGGUUGAAAAAGAAAUACGGGUAUGACAAAUUCACUACCCAGCCAAACAAAGACUAAUUUCACUUCAUGUCAAAGGAAUUGGAUUGGUUGGCAGGGAAAUGGAAUAGGAAGUGUGGUAAAUGACCAAAAUAUCCUUUCUUUGAUUUUGUAUGUAGUUUGUUGUGAAAGUUGUACCUUUGAGAUGAGUACCACAUUAAUCCUAAGAUAUAUUGAGUUUUAACAUGAAAAGACUUCAUCGUUAUACCACACAAAAAUGAUAUUGUUGGAUGUGUUUGGUCUUUUAAUGAGUAUUGGGUUUGUACUUUGUAUGAACACUUUGGUCUUUUUAAUAAAAGAAUGGAGAAUGGAA